GCGAUUGCGAGACUGUCGUUUUUAUCGUAAAACUAGUAUCAAACUGAAAGACUGCCAUCAUUUGCAGAGGCGCUAGGCCUAUAAGAGAAGAAUUAGAAGAACAUAGAUAACGAAUAUCGCUUCAGUUCCAAAGUCUAAUUUUCCAGGCUAAUGCCAACGCUUUUAAUAAUUAAAUCAGCCGUCAUAGAUUGGCUUUGAACUGUCAUCGAGUGAUACGGGAGCUAGCUUGCGCUCCACGCCGGAACUCUGGGCUAGUGAUACACUGGGUAUACCGAUUGUCUGCUAGCUGCUACUAGUGCUAGAUUCUCGUUGCUGCUCUCUAGGGGCCUACUCUAUCUUCGUGAAGUAAAAUCUGAAGAUGGACAUUGAUUCGUUUUUUCAUUCGAUCCUAGAAUACGGGUCUUUAGCAGGUCUUGUAUUAGCUGAAGCCCUGGAUGAUCUAGAUGAUGCACUCUCAGAAUGGCCACCCAUCCUCUUGGUUGCUAUUACUGCGUUUGUGGUCACUGUUGCCAUGGAAAUUUAUGCAUGGUAUUCAGAUUCAGAUUUGACUUUAAUGCAGAGAGGAAAGAGAAAGUUCUUCAAGCUGCUUAGGAGUGCACCGAUUAUUGGAAGCAAGAUUACAGAAGAAUUAAAGACUACGAAGAAUAACAUUGCCAAAUCAUCCUUCAAAUUACCCAAGGGUGAGAGCUAUAGGACUAAGCUCCCAGAGGCAGGACUUAGCCAAGGAGAAAUAAUGGCAAUACUAAAAAAAAACUACAAAAGUUUAGGUGAGCUAAGGAGCUAA